AUGGCUGGGGUCACCUGCUACGUCUACAACGACGUCUACGCCAACGUCAUCGCUAAGGCCGGGCGCAACGAGGUCCAGCUAGGGAGCGUGCUGGCCGAGGGUCAUCUUGAACCGCCGCAACACCGGUACGAGCUCGCCGGCGAUGAGGCCGUCAUCGACUCGGUGUGGGUGCCUCUACAACCCGCCGCUCCUCUGAACAAGAAACGCAAGCAGGGCCUGCUGUCGCCGUCAUCACUGUCCAAUACACUGCCGAUGUUGUGGUGUGUGCUUCUGCUGGGCCAGUCUCGCGUGUUUAGCCCGCUGCCCAUCGAUAUCGACACCCCCAAAUUCACCGCCAUCGCUCGAGGAAUCAACUCCGUAUGGGGGGCCACCGACUCCAAGUUGGUCGAAUACACUCUUAGUGGUCCUACGGGGCUCACCAUCAAUUCAGAACCCGCCAACUUGCUUAAGGAGCUCGCGGUGAACGCGCCCAAGAAACUGCUGAAACCGACCCCUCAACUGUUUUGUGCUAUUGCUGACGACAGUGUUGGCAUCUACAAGACUACGAGAAAGACAGCCAAUCCGACUUUUCUGCUAGACUUUGCCCCGACGCUGGUGGCGCAGCUGGCGAGAAUACUGACGAUUGUCUUUGCCAACUCUGACAGGGUGCAAGCCCGCGACAUCGAAACCCUUAAUCACGCCACCUACAACGUGUCUGGUUUACUGGAUAUUACCUCAUUGACCACCGUCAACAAAGCUGGCUACGACUACUUGUUUGUUUGUGGCACUGGUGGGGUAUCGGGGUACCGCCUCGACUUUAUCGACCUGGCCACAAAUGAGCGCCCCCAGUGGAGAUGGUCCACGGAAACCCCCGUGCUGCAAGUAUACCACCACGCUACCGGGUUAAAGGCAGUCGUGUACCAAGGGAUCGACCCAGUCCUGGUAGAUUUGGAGUGGGACGACGAAAAACCCGGCAAAUACAUCGUCGAUACCCCCACCCCGCAACCUCAACCGGAAGACAAACGCAGUCUGCUGCUUCUUGAGCUCCCUGAGACGAACGGUAGCGUUGUCGAUGGUGCUGAAAUCACUCCCGAAAGACUCCACCAGCGACUCGUGGCGGCGUUGGAUGAGGACUCGACCCAAUCGGUAGCCAUCUGCGCUUCUUGCGCCGACGAUACCGUGAUUAAGGAGACCGUCAAACGGUUCAGACCUGUCCCUGCCCCGCUUUUCGAAGCUGUGGCCGAAGAAGUGGCUCUGGACCCGCUGCUGCUGCUGCUGUCAUUAUCCACCUGGCUUAAAUGGUUGUUGCUCUUGCACGGAGGUGCCCUCGCCAAGAACCCGUUGGUGGUUCCCACUCUCCAGCGACUCCAGCUGGGGUUGGACGAAGGGAUGAAGGUGCUCUCGCACUUGCUUGCCCUCCAGGGUCGCCUUCAGCUUCUCAACUGCCAGGGCCAGUUGCGUGAAGAGGAAGAGGACGAUGACGAAGACGAAGACGAGGUGCCAGCGCCGCAACCGGUGGCCGACAUCGAGUACGCCAACGGCGAGGCCGAGUAG